AUGCGACGACAAUCCAGGAAAAGAAAGAAGAGGAAUAACCUGAUGGGAAAUCUCUGGCUGAGAGGAGUAAUCGUUGACCUGUGUGGGGAGAGAAAAAAAAUCAUCAUCCGGCGGAAAAUACGCGGAAAAUCAUGA